AUGCCCCCAAAAAAGACAAUGGAACAGCUUGUAAAGGAUGCCGAAGAGAUAUGCCGUAUCCAAACUCUCAUGUAUGAAGAGAGAAUGGCUCGAGUAGCUUUGGAGACUCUAAGUUCAUCAGUCCCAGCACUCAAAAGAGUUCCGUCAACUUCUAAAAUUCCACCGGAAUCCAUAUCUCAAUACAAACGUUGGGCAGCGAUGAAGAUUGACUUUCCAGAAGCACAACCACCAAAAAGCAAAAAAGAUACGGUUUCCAGUUCGGAGCAAUCGUCAAGUGAUGGUGGACACUAG